AUGGUUAAUUAUUUGGAGCGUGCCCGGGCAUUAGUUGAAUGUUCACCCUUACCAUCAUCUUUCAAUGUAUCACCAAUACAACAGCGAAAGCCUGAGAGAUUUUCAAAGGUCAACUUUAUUGUUAAUCAACAGCGAGAUAAUACAGUUGGAUAUGAACAAGUUGAGAAUAUCACUGAAGAAAACAGUUAUUGCAUGAAACAUAAAAUGAGAUUUAUCAAUGCAUCGGCGCAAUUAUCACAAUAUCGCUGUUGCUGCAGUCUCAUGCAUGCUGUGACUGGUACUAGGUUCUUUCUGCUAACUUAUAUGGCCUUAUCAGUUAUUACCUUUACAUUUGCGACAAAAUCAGCUGUUCUCUGGUCUGUAGUACCAUUCGUGAUUGCAUCGCUAAGUAUUUACGCAUUGUGCACAGAAAAACACAAAUAUUUGUAUCCAUUUUUAGUUAUAUCGAGUGUUCAUAUAAUACUUUGUAUUAUGGUCGUACUCAUAAUAAUCACAUUCACAGCUGCCAGUUAUGGUACCUUUAGGCAAAUUGUCGGAUAUUAUAUAAAAAUACGACUCAAUGAUACAUUAAUCGUAAUAUUUGUUAUUACAACCGUUAUAUUAUUCCUUACUUUAUCAAUAGUGCAUUUAUGGCAAGUAACCGUCGUUUAUAGCUGCAUGAUGUAUUUCGAGCAAAAACGCUAUCUGGAAAGUGAUCAAUAUCAUCCGAUCAUUUCGAAAUACAAUUGUUCACAUGCAAAAGAAGAUGGACAUUUCGAUAGUUAUCACAAACGUUUUGCCACCAAUCAUAAAUGUUAUGAUAGUUGUGCCUCAGUAUAA